UUUUUUUUUUUUUUUUUUUCUUUAUGCUCUGCAGCAUCUGGGUGGAGAAUGGUUGUUUAGGAAAGUCUCUACGAUAGGUUGGUUGGCUUGCGGGGUAGAUAAACUGAUGUUGAAGAGUUGCAGAUGUAGGUUUCGGUGGGGUUUGAUUUAUAUGUUUGUCUUUGAUCUGAUGUUGUGGAGUGGCUAUGAUAGGAGAACUUGUUGGUUCUGGACUUCUUGGGUAGACACAUUUCUAUGGUGUGCUCUCGGGAAUACGAGGUAUCUUUGUGUGGAUAGUCUCAAACCUUGGAACAUAGUUUUCUCGCGCGCUUGAUGAACCAACGAAACUUGAAGCUCUACGAAGCCAUAGCGGUUAAACACUUUGUCGGAUCCGAGAUAUCGCCAUCGGAAUGGAUAGAGGCAAUUCUCUUGAGGAGAUAAUGUUGGCAAGGUCGCGCGCUACCUG